GUUGAGAGCAUUGGAUGUUUCGUGUGUUCGUCGUUUAACGGCUCGAAUCCGUCUUGCGAAGAUACAUUCAAUUCGACUAUCGACAGCACUGCCUCGCACAACCUACCAUCAUCCUCAAAGAAUAUGUCCUCUCAGUCAUCAACCCAUUAUCAGUAUCCUUGUUGGGCUUUCAAGAAGCAAAGACAGGGUCUCUUUCCGGCUGAUCAUUGUAUUAAAGUUACCGGUUAUCGAAGUAGGCNAGGUGAUCAACCAACGCAUACGAUGGUCAUUAGGACAUGCGCACUCGACUCAGGCACUUUGACAGCUGAUACGGGUGAUUAUUAUUAG